AUGACAGCCUCCAAAACCGCCACUCCAGAACCCUCCCUGCCAACUCCAAAACCGCAUCGGAGACGCAGUGCCAGAACUGCGAACAUUGUUGAAAUUCCUGACUCUGAUGAGAUUGAAGAGGCCUUGCCUUCUACAUCAGCGCCGAAAACCAGCUUCCAGGGAGUCUUCAUCUCGACUAAGAACCGGGUUGAAUCUCAGACAUCUACGGGACCCUCCUCAAUUGCCGAUUCAUUAGAGUCUAAUUACGAAACUCCCGCUACAAGCACUGUCCCUACGCCAAAUGCAGGAGAAUAUCAACCCAAAAACACAAUCUCUGCGACUACCCGAGCACUAGAACUGCGCUCUUCGGAAUAUUCUUUGAAGCCGCGCUCAACACGAAAACGAACCGCUAAAGAGGUUGAAGACCGGGAAGAGGACGCGGACGAGGAACUGGCUCGCGCCUUACAAGCAGAAGAAUACGAAGCAGGCGCCGUUAGUGACGACUCCGACAUUCUGCCGUUGUCCAAACGUCGUCGCACUGAGGUUCUUGUGGUUCCGGACAGCGAUGACAGCGAUGAUAGUGACAUGGAUACUGCGCUUUCCACUCUGCCACGGAGAGGUCUUCCCAACCCACCACAUGCUGGAUCUUCUACUCGGACAGGCGUGUCUCUUGACGAUUCUGAACUCUCGUCCCUCGCUUCUUUUAGUGAUGAAGAGAGUUUCGACUCUGAUGAUUUUUCUGUUGCCGAGGAAGCCACAGAUGCGAGUGUCGAUCUUGAUGACAACGAAAGCACCACCGCACCAGCAAUUAGUCGAAGACUCGCUGCAAGAUCACAGCGGCGUCGGAGACUACGCGGCUUCUCUCCCUCUCUUUUCAUGGACCCGGCGAAACGGCGAGCCAAACGAGAACGCGCGAAGCUCGAAAAAGCACAUCCAGAAAUCAAGACUAUGUGGGAUGACCUCAAAGCUAUCCAACCUAUCACACCCGUGGCUGCUGCACAGCCAGCUGGUAUUAAUCGCCAACUGAAACGCUUUCAACUGGAAGGCUUGGAUUGGAUGGUCAAGCAGGAAAAGUCCACUUGGAAGGGAGGUCUGCUUGGCGAUGAGAUGGGUAUGGGCAAGACAAUUCAGGCCGUCAGCUUAAUCAUGUCCGACUGGCCUGCUAAAGCUCCCUCUCUUGUCGUUGUCCCACCCGUCGCUCUGAUGCAGUGGCAGUCCGAGAUCGCCGACUACACCAGCGGCAAGCUCAAAGUACUCGUUUAUCACGUCUCUGCCAAUCCCAAGUGCAAAUUAAUGACAGUGAAGGAUCUCAAGAAGUAUGAUGUGAUCAUGGUCUCCUACUCUGGACUCGAGUCGAUGUAUCGCAAGCAGCACACUGGGUGGAAUCGCAAUGAUGGCAUUGUCAAAGAAGACAGCGUGCUACAUGCCAUCAAAUUUCAUCGGCUCAUUCUUGACGAAGCGCAUAGCAUCAAGUCCCGAACCACGGGGGUUGCCAAAGCUUGCUUUGCGCUCAAGUCUGAUUACAAGUGGUGUUUGUCUGGAACUCCAGUCCAGAAUCGCAUCGGAGAAUUCUUCUCUCUGCUUCGCUUCCUUGAGGUUAAGCCCUUCGCUUGCUACUUCUGCAAGCAGUGCAAAUGCCGCCAGCUUCAUUGGAGCCAGGACAGCCAGAAGAUGUGCACUUCUUGCAAACAUAGCGGGUUCAACCAUGUUUCUGUCUUCAAUCAGGAAAUCUUGAAUCCGAUUACUCAGAACGAAGACACUACAUUGAGAAAGAAGGGCUUGGAGAAGCUCCGACUCAUCACUGAUCGUAUCAUGUUGCGUCGAAUGAAGCGGGAUCACACGUCGUCUAUGGAGCUUCCACCCAAAGACAUCGUAAUCCACAACGAUUUCUUCGGGGAGAUGGAACGUGACUUCUCGCAGAGCAUCAUGUCCAACUCCACACGCAAGUUUGACACAUACGUGGCUCAAGGUGUUAUGUUGAACAACUAUGCCAACAUUUUUGGCCUUAUCAUGCAAAUGAGACAAGUUGCGAAUCACCCGGAUCUGAUCUUGCGCCGUAAUGCGGAGGGGGGUCAGAACAUUUUGGUGUGCUGCAUCUGUGACGAGCCCGCAGAAGAUGCCAUUCGCUCCAAAUGUCACCACGAAUUCUGUCGUCAAUGCGCCAAGUCAUAUGUACAGUCUUUCGGCGACGGCGGAGGCGACGCCGAUUGCCCUCGGUGUCAUAUCCCGCUACAGAUUGACUGGGAGCAGCCUGAGAUUGAGCAGGAUGAAGAGACGGUCAAAAAGUCAUCUAUCAUCAAUCGUAUCAAGAUGGACGACUGGACUUCGUCAACCAAGAUCGAGAUGCUGGUCUAUGACCUUUACAAGCUCCGCAGCAAAAAGCAAACUCACAAGAGUAUUGUUUUCUCUCAAUUCACAUCGAUGUUGCAAUUGGUUCAGUGGCGUCUUCAGAAAUCUGGCUUCAGCACCGUCCUACUUGAUGGUAGCAUGAGCCCUGCUCAGAGACAAAAGUCCAUUGACCAUUUCAUGAACAACGUGGAUGUCGAGGUUUUCCUGGUCUCGCUCAAAGCUGGUGGUGUUGCCCUCAAUCUCACCGAGGCAAGUCGCGUUUACAUUGUUGAUCCAUGGUGGAACCCAGCGGCAGAAUGGCAGUCAGCAGAUCGUUGUCAUCGUAUUGGUCAGCGUCGUCCUUGUGUUAUCACACGCCUCGUCAUUGAGGAUUCAGUCGAGUCGAGAAUGGUCUUGCUUCAGGAAAAGAAGGCAAACAUGAUCAACGGAACUGUCAAUAACGAUCAAGUUGCGUUGGACAAGUUGACACCAGAAGAUAUGCAGUUCUUGUUCCGCGGAAGUUGA